UAAGUACAUACUGUAUCUUUCAAAACAAUACGUCGCAUUUUAACGAGUUAUGUCUGCGUUUGGAUUUUUUCUGGAAAGAAUACCACGUUCGUAAAUUUCGCCGUUUGUUGUUCGUUCGUUUAAUUGACGUAGGACCUUAUUAUCGCCCAAAUUCAUGUUUUGCAACAAAAUUUACAAAACAUUGAAUUAUACCAAACUGCUCCGAUUGGAAACGUACAUCAAAAUAUGUGUAGUAUCCAGGAAGAUGAUCAAUUCAGAUUGGAGUCGAAGUCGGAGCUAAAUACUGGCAGAGUGUGUAUGAAAUGUCAGAACUUGGCAGUUGUCGUCAUCAGGGUGAACGAUGCAUUUUGCAGAGAAUGUUUCCUGAAGUAUUGCACACAUAAAUUCCGCUCAGCAUUUGGAAAGUCAAAAUUGAUCCGCGAUGGUGAUGCUGUCCUUGUGGCGGUCUCUGGUGGUCAGGCUACAACUGCCCUCGUUCAUCUUAUACAGGAGGGCCUGAGUUGCAGAGCACAGAAGAAGCUGAGGUUUAAUCCAACACUUGUUUAUAUUGAUGAGGGAGCUGUUAUCAAUGAAAGUAGAGAAGAGCGUUUGAAAGUUUGUUCAAAGAUGGCAGCACUAUUCAAAGCUACUUCUUUUCCAUUCCACAUUAUUCCUUUUGAAAAGGUCAUGAAAGAAAGUCUACGAUAUGACUCAGAUUCGUCUUUAGCAGGGUAUAUGGAGAGUCUAACUUUAGAAAACUCGCUGGCCAACCAGUUAAGAGAUCUUUUAGAUUCCACAAGCAGUUUGACAGCAAAGGAAAACUUACAGUCAAUUCUAAGGCGCCGAUUGCUCAUUUCCCUCGCAGAAAAACUCUCAAUUUCUAAAGUGAUGACGGGUGAAACAUCGACACAUCUUGCCUCACAGCUUCUCUCGAGUAUCUCCCAGGGCAGAGGGAAACAUGUUUCAGAUGAAAUGAGUUUUUCUGAUGGUAGAAACCAAGCAGUGAUGUUUGUGAGACCACUCAGGGAAUUUAGUAGUAAGGAAACUGCCUUAUAUAAUAGAAUGAUGAGCUUAGAGCCAUGCAUUCAGCCAACUCUCACAACUAAGACAGGAUUGGGCUCAAGUAUUGACCGACUUACUCAGUCAUUUGUAGCCACUUUACAAGCUGGAUUUCCUUCCACAGUUAGCACUAUAUUUAGAACUGGAGAGAAGCUGAGUUCAGAGUUGGACAAGAAUAAAGAGGAUGAUUUCUGUAUUAUGUGUCAGAGUGUAUUGGAUACAGAUACCCCAGAAUCAUCAGCCUUAUCAGCAACACUUUUUUCUCAGAAAUUAUCGUCAGUGGCGGUACCUGGUGAGAAAAUGUGUAAAGAGACAUCUGGUGAGGAAAACUGCUGUGGGGAGGGGGAUGGAAGCUGUAAGUCAACUAACAAAACUGGUAGUUUGGACAAGGAAGAUCUGUUGCCACUGAGCUGUUACGGAUGUAGGCUGAUACUCAGAGAAAUGAGUUCAACUACCUGUAUACCUGGUAAUAUCAUACAGGAGGCAGAGAAAAGAAUAAGAAGGAGUGCAAUGAAGUCCAGUAUCCAGGGGUACCUACUAGAGGAUGAAUGAUAAUAAAACAGGAGUUAACCUUAAGUACAGUCAGCCUAUAAGGAGUUAACCUUAAGUACAGUCAGCCUAUAAGGAGUUAACCUUAAGUACAGUCAGCCUAUAAGGAGUUAACCUAAAGGACAGUCAGUCUGUUAUGGAUGGUCGGGUCAUGCUUAAUUCCAAAGAGUUAUCUGAAUGAAUUUAAACGAAGCACAGCAGAUCUAUCUGAAUAUAUUUUUAAACAAUUUGAAGUAUAAAGUUCUCAGAUAUCUGACUUAUUUCAACAUGUGGGC